CGGUUCGCUGCUCCAUUUCAAUACCAGCACACAAAAGGUACUUAAUACACACUCUCAGGACGCCUAUCGGAUUCCGAAACUCGCCCGCCGCCUUACGUCCUUGUAAAUCUGAGCAUGCGCGGCGCGCGGAGCAUCACGGAUAGCUCCGUUCCGGACUACGACUCCCAUGGGACUGCAGGGCGACCGCCAGCCGGCCGCCAAUUCGCGCGGGAGCGAGAAGAUGGCGGAUGGGGCCGUAGGCAAGGACAAGUGCGGGGAGCCGCGGCUCGUGUCGUUGCCCCUGUCUCGUAUCCGGGUCAUCAUGAAGAGUUCCCCCGAAGUAUCCAGCAUCAACCAAGAGGCGCUGGUGCUCACGGCCAAGGCCACGGAGCUCUUUGUUCAGUAUCUAGCCACCUAUUCCUACAGACAUGGCAGUGGAAAAGAAAAGAAAGCACUGACUUACAGUGAUUUAGCAAAUACUGCAGAGGAAUCAGAAACUUUUCAGUUUCUUGCAGAUAUAUUACCAAAGAAGAUUUUAGCUAGUAAGUACCUGAAAAUGCUUAAAGAGAAGAGAGAAGAUGAUGAGGCGAAUGAUGACGAAAGUGACAAUGAUGAAGCCGAGUCCUAAACCAAAAAGAAGUGCUUUAGAAAUCAGCCUUCCAGGACAUUUCUGAAGCACCAUUCCUCUGAAGCAAGCAAGCACAGCACCGUGUACUUUGCUCCCUUCACAUUCCCAGAC